AUGAGAAUUCACACAGGAGAGAAACCAUUCCAAUAUACAAAAUGUGGGAAAAGUUUCAGGCUAAAUUAUCUCCUUAAAUGCCACAUGAGAAUUCACACAGGAGAGAAACCUUUCAAGUGCACAGAAUGUAACCAGAGUUUCACUCGACUCGGAACCCUUAAAGUUCACCAAAGAAUUCACACUGGGGAGAGACCUUACAUGUGCACAGAAUGUGGGAAAAGUUUCACUGUAAAGACUAACCUUAUAAAACACCAGACAGUUCACACUAAGGAGAAACCUUAUGCAUGUACAGAAUGUGGGAAACAAUUCUCUACAAAAGACCAGCUUUCUUCUCACGGAAGUGUCCACACAGGAGCUUUUACAUGUACAGAAUGUGGAAAACAAUUCUCUCGUAAGGAAUGUCUUGAACUACACGUAAAACGUCACAUAGAAGAAAAAAUAUUUACAUGUACAGUAUGUGGAAAAACCUUUUCUAAUAAGAGAAACCUUGUCUACCCCUACACAACUCACACUGGGGAGAAACCUUUCAUAUGCACAGAAUGUAAGAAUAUGUCUCCGUCCAUUCUAUUCUCAUGUACAGAAUGUGACCAACAGUUCCAGAAUAUGAGAAACCUUACCAUACACCAGAGAAUUCACACAAGGAAUGAAACGUUCCCAUGUACAGAAUGUGGCAAACUGUUCUCUAAAAUGAGAAACCUUAUCAUACACCGGAGAAUUCACACAAGAAGUGAACGGUUCCCAUGUACAGAAUGUGGCAAACAUUUCCCUACAAAGACCUACCUUGCCAUACACAAGCGAUUUCACUUAAAAAGGGAAACUUUCCAGUGUACAGAAUGUGGCAAACGUUUCUUAACAAAGUCCUACUUUCAGCAGCAUUGUGUUACCCACACAGGGGAGAAACCUUUCACAUGCACUGAAUGCGGCAAAUGUUUCUCUAUAAAGUUGAACCUUAUACGACACCAGAAAAUUCACAUAAAAAGGGAAACUUUCCCAUGUACCGAAUGUGGCAAACCUUUCUUUACAAAGGCCAGUCUCCAGCGGCAUUCUAUGGCCCACAAAGGGGAGAAACCAUUUGUGUGCACAGAAUGUGGCAAAUGUUUCUUUACAAAGGUCAGUCUCCAGCGGCAUUCUAUGGCGCACACAGGGGAGAAACCUUUUGUGUGCACAGAAUGCGACAAACCUUUCUUUACAAAGGUCAGUCUCCAGCGACAUUCUCUGACCCACACAGGGGAAAAACCUUUUGCAUGCACAAAAUGUGGCAAAUGUUUCGGUACUAAAUCAUACCUUAACAGACACCAGAAAAUUCACAUAAAAAGGGAAACUUUAUCAUGUACAGAAUGUGGCAAACAUUUCUCUAAAAAGAGCGGCCUUCAGCGCCAUUAUAUUACUCACUCAGAGGAGAAACCUUUCAUGUGCACAGAAUGUGGCAAAUGUUUCUCUCUAAAGAUGAAUCUAACGAAUCACCAGAAAAUUCACAUAAAAAAAGAAUCUUUAUCAUGUACAGAAUGUGGCAAAUCUUUCUCUAAAAAGGGCAACCUUCAGAGACAUUCUCUUACCCACACAGGGGAGAGACCUUUCUUAUGCUCAGAAUGUGGCAAAUGUUUCUCUAUAAAGAUGUUCCUUGACAGACACCAGAGAAUCCACAUAAAUGGGAAACUUUCCGAUGUACAGAACGUGACAAGCGUAUCUUGA